AUGGACUCAUCAAGGCCUUUAAUUGAAAACGAAGAUCGUUAUCUAACAACAUCCAAAUUUGAGUCGUGUGAAGCUUUGGUUAAAAGUGCGCGAGAAUAUUAUUAUACAAAAGGAUAUGGUGUAUCUAUCCGUAAUUCUAAAAAAGACAAGUUUGUCACGUUGCAAUGUGAUCGCGGUGGUUCUUAUCGAGAUAUUCGUGGUAUUCAAGAUAAAAGACAAAAGAAGGCAACAACUCGCUUGAUCAGCUGUCCUUUCAGAAUUAUAGGUAGUAAGGGUGUAGAUGGCACUUGGGUGUAUAAGCCAAAACACUUAAAACAUAACCACGAACCAUCUAGUGAUAUGUCAGGGCACCCGUCAUUCCGUAAAUUACCACCAGAUACUGUACAGACUGUAGAAGAGAUGACCAAGUCUGGAACACCCCCAAGACAGAUCCUUUCUUCUUUGCGCCAACAAAACCCAGAUCUCCCGGCGAACUCUAGAACCAUAUACAAUGUUAAAAGAAAGAUCAAAAGGGAUAAUUUGGGAAAUCAGUCAGUCAUUGGUGCAUUAUUUGAGGAGUUUGAAAAGGAUGGUUUUUUGUAUGAUGUUUUACACGAUUCAGAAAGGCAUAUAACCAGUUUGUUCAUUGUACAUCCCUUAUCAAUUAAGUUGGCCAAACUAUUCUCUUAUGCCUUUGUGAUGGAUUGCACCUAUAAAACAAACAGAUUUAACAUGCCCCUACUUGAUAUUGUUGGAAUUUCAUGCUUCAACACAUCUUUUUAUUCAGGAUUUGCAUUCUUGGAAAGCGAGGAUGAAGAAAGUUAUACCUGGGCACUUAAAGCGUUCAAGAAUAUGCUUGGACAAGGGAGUCAACUUUCGGUUAUUAUUUCACAUAGAGAAUUGGCACUAAUGAAUGCCAUAAAAAAUGUUUUCCGGACGGUAACAAAUCUUUUGUGUGUUUGGCAUAUCGAAAAGAAUGUGUUGGCGAAAUGUAAGAAGCAUUUUCAACAUAAUGAGGAGUUUGAUAUAUUCAUGGCAAGUUGGAAUAAUGUUGUAUAUUCAGUAAGAGAAGCCAUGUUUGUGACAAAUUGGGUUGAGUUCGAGUUGUUCUAUAACGAUAAGAGAGAAGCACUAGAGUACAUAAAAAGCACAUGGUUGCCUUGGAAAGAAAAGUUUGUUAAUGCUUGGACCGAGAAGUAUUUACAUUUUGGUAAUCGUUGUUCUUCAAGAGCGGAAGGCGCUCAUGCCAAAGUCAAAAAGUAUUUGGAAGUUUCUACGGGUGGUUUUAAAGAAGUGAAAGAUAAAAUAUGUCUUGCAGUUGAGCACGAGUUUAACGAGAUUAAAAUAAGAGUUGCAAGUGAGAAAAUUCAAAUUCCUCACAAUUGCGAUAUGCCGAUUUUUAGAGAUCUUUUGUUAUCAGUAUCUCAUUUUGCGUUACAGGAGAUAUAUAAGCAGUAUGAAAAAAUAAGUAACGGUACAAUGACUCCUUGCACAGGUCAUUUCACGGCAACUAUGAGCCUUCCUUGUGCUCACAAGAUCAAAGGUCAUCGAGAAAAGUCACUUUCAUUGGAACUUGUUCAUCCACAGUGGAGGAUUAAUUCAUUGUCCCUGAAUACAAAGGAUGCCUUAGUCUAUGACGGUUAUAGCACAUUUCAUAAGUUGCUUGAUGAGUUGGAUUCAAAGUACCUAGUGUGGCCGCUUAACAAGAAAGAAUUUGCCACUUCAAUGAUUUUCAACCUUAUUAAUCAAUCCGAGAUACUAUUUGAGCCGAUGGUUCAACGACCAAAAGGAAGACCACCAAAGUCCAAAAAGAGAAAAGGAAAAACUUUUACGACACAAGAUCCUUCAAGAUUUGAGUUAGUCGAAUCAUCAAGAACACAGAAUCCUUCUAGUUCUGCUUGUUCAUUCCAAAUUUGCAACGACUUGGUCAAUGAGGUUAGCUAUGGCCAUAAUGACAACAUCUCAUAUGAUUUUAGUAUAUAUCGUGAUGUUUCAAGUGACAUUGGACAGUAA